UUCAAAUCUUGUAGAUUCGCAUUCUGGGGUAGCGGAGGCAGCGUCAAAAUUGUCCGGGAAUGGGGUGUUGCGAGGUCGAUCGACAAUGCCCCGUGAGCCAGUUUCGGAUCCAAGUUCGGUGCCAGAUUAGUAUCAUCCCCAGCAGUAAGUUUCUAUUCAGGUUGUGUGACCAACGUGGAGUCGACGCAUUGAGGAGGGUGGUCAUCUCUAGGAGCUGGCUGCACCACGCUUGUGAGAGCCCAUUCCUGCAUUUGGAGAAUCUCGUCGUUCUGCAUCCCAAUGAUGAGCCGCGAACAUCUUGGUUUUGCUGUGAAACGCGCCUUCUGGAGCUCCCUUAUGAGCACGGCUGCUGGCUUCAUUGUCUCCAGUGCAAUCUUCUGAGCAAUCCAUUACUGCACACUUGGACGGCACCAUCUUAGCGCUACAGGCAUUGGUCUUGAAGAGAGAAAGACAGAGGAGCUCAACAACAGGGACUGUUUUCUAGAAUGGCAAUGCUGAUGUACGAGAUUUUUAGCGGAGGGAAUGAGCCUAAUUGGCAAGACUAUGUCGAUUACCGGGGUCCUUACGACUAUGCGGCUGAUUCCGAUUGUCGUUCUUCCGGUCCACUUCUGCCUACCUACGAAUUCAGGGUUCCAAUGUGCUGCUCGAAAUGCGAGGAAAAGGUUCGCGAGGAACUCUUGGAGCUGCAAGGCGUGUGCGACAUUUUUACCGAUCAGCUCAGUGAGAGAGUGGCAGUUACAGACUUUGUCAAUCCAUAUCACGCGCUGAAGAAGAUGAAACGCAUCAAGAAGAAGUCCAAUUUCUGGGACGAGAGUGAACCAUCCCAGAGACACAGUCACAUGCAAAACUCCCACAAAAAGCAUAAGUCCCACGGCCACCAUAGCUCACACACGAAGCAUCACUCCAGACAAGAGACCUCAUAUCGGUCCAAUUCAAGCCAGGUCUCCUACAACAGGGAGCCAUUUCACAGCGAGCCGUUUCGAAGGGAGCUAGGUCGUAGUUCCAGCUUCCGCUGGCCCUCGAACAGAGACAGGUACGAUUCAGCGUCUGAUGACGAUGGCUCUUACAGCGAUCUUCGUCCUUCAUCGUCAUCGUUCGGCUGCUUGCCACGAAGCAGAUCAUUUGGGCACGAGAGGGUUCCAUCAAACUCUGAAAGUUAUUACACUGAAGAUUAUCCGGAGAGCAACGCCUCGUAUGCGCACUACUAACUCCGUAUUGUUCAUGAACCUUGUCUUGCAUCAUAUCAAUUUUGUUCUAUACCAGCAGAGUGUGAAGGAAAACGUGAGAGUUUUGGCAGAGAAUUGUAGGAAUUUAAAAGUUUUGGACGCAACCGGGAUGCCAUUGUGUGAUCCUCUGGUAAUCCAAGUGCUUUAGAGUAUCUGAGCUCCACAGCGGAGACGUGUCAUUGCGGCGUGUAAGACGCAGUGAAAAUCAUUCAGUGUAUAGGGGGUAUAUGAGAUUGAGUGUAUAGUGAAAGCCUAUGAUUAUUGAGCGUCUGUGUAAGAACCAGACGAUUCGAAAAGCAAAAGAGAACCUGCCGAAUCAACUUAUUUGUUUUGUUUUGUUUUAAGUACAUCAUGUAACGGCCGUGAACGGCUCCCCGUCUGUUAUGAUGAUAAAUAAACAGCACCAGACUGCCAACUCCAUUUUCCAUGAA